UUACACGACGUGCCACUGACUGCGCAUGCCCGACAGAGGUAAUUCAACAAACAUGGCAGCCUACGUGAGUGCAGUGAGGACAGCACUGAAAGGUGUCCACCUUGUUCCAGGCCGGUGGCUGCUCACCCGAGCCCCGGCGGUGUGUCAGUGUUUUCGGCUGCAUGUCUCCCCCGCUGCCUCCCUGUGCAGCUCCAGGACAGAGCCACGGAGGAGCACGCAAAGCACAACCGAGAGGAGAGCCGAGGAGGAGGAGGAGGAGGAAUCUGAGGGUCCUGAAUACAUCCCCAAGAAAAAGGCCAAGAAUCCCAUGAUGGUGAUUGGUUAUGCCUGGAUGAUAGGCCUCCCAACGGGUAUCAUCGGUUUCGUCCUGGCCAAGAGAGAGGUGGACAAGAACCGACUGAAGCAGCUGAAGAUUCGACAGAGGAUGAAAAGGGCAAACGAGGGAGAAUACGACGGGAGUCGCUACCGCCAUCACACAGAGAACGUUAAACCGGACCUUUAGUGCCCGUGCAUAUCCUGAAUGUCACUGCUGAGAUGGUUGAUAAUUCCUGCACUAUGGCCCAAAGACUGAAAACAGAAGAGAUGUCAGCUUCAUGAGGUAGUCAUGAUUCUUCUAAUGGCCGAUGCAGGAAAUCUGAGGAGGAACGUGGUUGUGACUGAGCACUUAAUCAGAACAGAGGUUGUUUUUUCAGAUUAUCGAGUCUGAAGGAUGAUCACAUAUUUAUUGGCUAUAAUGCUGAUGUUCUAUAAAUAUGACAGAGGAAAUAAAUGUAUACGUUUGUGAAUAUGUAAACAUGAUCUAUCACUGCUACAGAUGCAUAUGAACCACACCAAAAAAUUCACAAAUACAAAUCUUUAUUUGAUAUGAAACAGCUUUCCUCAUUACUGAUAUGCAUAUUUACAAACUGCACACUGACUAUCUGUACUACACAUUCAAAAUGUUUGCCGUAGUUGUUUUGACUCAAGGGUUAUAACUUUGUUUGGGUCCAUACAUGUGUGGAGAACCAGCUGGGUGGGGUUAAUCAUCUCAAGAACGUUCCACAUUAGCUGAAACACAAUGACUGCCGGGAACGUUCCAAUAAUUCAACACUGUGGCAUUUGUGGUGUUGUCCUGUAUGGACAGUCCCACCCUGCUGGCACUCAGUCAGUGUCUAACCCAAA